UGGCGUUGUUGUCGCUUCAAUCUCGGGCCGCAGUAAACACCAGACGGCAAGAUGGUUCUGGAGAGCACGAUUAUAUGUGUUGACAAUAGUGAAUAUAUGCGGAAUGGGGAUUAUGUUCCCACGCGUCUUCAGGCCCAACAAGAUGCGGUCAAUACUAUAUGUCGUUUUAAACUACGUUCUAAUCCAGAGAAUAAUGUUGGUCUCCUAACUUUAGCAAAUACUGAGGUUCUCGCCACACUGACUACUGAUGUUGGAAAGAUUCUAACUCCGCUUCAUAAAGUGCUACCAAAUGGCACCAUUAACCUGCUCACUGGUAUCCGCAUUGCUCAUUUGGCUCUGAAACACAGACAGAGUAAGAACCACAAGAUGCGCAUCGUGGCCUUUGUAGGCAGCCCAGUCGAAGUUGAGGAGAAGGAGAUUGUCAAGGUGGCUAAGCGUCUCAAGAAGGAAAAGGUCAACAUUGAUAUCAUCAACUUUGGGGAGACAGUACAGGACAGUAAUCAGACACUGUUGGAGGCUAUGGUCAGCACAAUUAAUGGCCGUGAGGGUGGCAGUUCUCAUCUGGUGACUGUACCCCCAUCACCACACCUUGCUGAUGCCCUCCUGUCAUCACCCAUUGUGCAGGGUGAGGAUGGAGGACCUGCUGCCAGCUUUGCUACAGGUGGAGGGUUUGAGUUUGGGGUUGAUCCUAAUGAGGAUCCUGAAUUAGCUCUGGCCCUGCGUGUGUCCAUGGAAGAACAGCGGCAGCGACAGCAGGAGGAAGAGCGACGUGUUGCCAAGGAAUCUACCACGACUGCCACCCCCAUGGAAACAACACCCAAGCCACCAACCACAACCCCUACACCCCAGACCCCAGCACAGCCAGAAGCUGCUGGUCAAUCUGAAGAGGAGAUGCUGCAGCAGGCACUGGCCAUGUCUCUGGAGGCUGGGGGCACGCCACAGACUGGUGGUGCUACUACUGGCAGCUCUACUGGAGCUACCACUGUCACAACUAGCACUACAGCUAGUGCUGGCAAGGGCAGUACCACAGGGGGUGGGUCAUCUACAGCCAUCCCAGAUUUUUCUGCAAUGACCGAGGAAGAACAGAUUGCUUAUGCAAUGCAGAUUUCCAUGCAGGACUGCAAGCCAAAAGAGGAACCUAUGGAUGUGGAUCCCCCAGCCUCAGCGACCAAGCCUUCAGAAAGUUCAAAGGUGAAAAAGGAGGAAGAGGAGCAAGAUUUCUCGCAGGUGAUGGCAGAUCCUGCCUUCUUGCAGAGUGUGUUGCAGAAUUUGCCUGGUGUUGACCCCCAGAGUCAGGUUGUGAAAGAGGCUGUUGGUUCACUUACCCAACAAGAUAAGGAUAAAGAUAAGGAUAAAGAUAAGAAAAAGGAGGAGAAGAAGUAGGUAUAUUUGUCAGAUAUAAGCUCAAGCUGUUAUUUGUUCUCUUAUGUGGCUUGGAUGAAAAUCUGGAGCAACUUGUUCAGAUGUAAUAUUGUAGUGUAUCAAUUGGGGUGUUUUUGCCAACAAGAACUGGAUAUGGUCAGCCACUGUCAUUAACUUAAAGGUUACAUGGAAGCUUUCAAGGGAUGUACAUGUACAGGGUUUUUUAUGGAUAUUUAGGCAAAGGACUCAGACAUAAUUUGAAGAGACUGCAGCUAACAUGUUGUAAAUUUAUAAGUAAAAAAAAAGUGGAUAAACUCUGCAACUCUCUUUAGUGUCAAAAUGAAUACCUAUGUGUUUAAAAGACUAACUCAGGUCAACAUAAUUUAUUGUAUUUUCAGAUAAAUUAAUUGUUUUCCCAGAAAGUUUUAACUGUUCUCAGUCACUGUAACUCAGGGCAGGUCAAUAAAUUUUCUGUGGUCAAUUAAAGGAAGAGUUUGUUAGAGACACAAUGUUAACUGGUCCAAACACUAGUUGAAUCAGUGGAAUUUGCCAGCAACUGGUUCUUACUGAAAACCCUGCAUGUAGAAUUAGUUUUUCCCAUGUGAAUCAUAGAAAUACAGAGAAGCUGCAAAUUUAUACUUUAAGACCAUUGCUGAAGUGAAAAUAAAUUUAAUUCCCUAUUAACUUAUAAUUAUUCUAGCCUGGAGAAAGCUGAAAAUUAAAACUUUGUUAUAAGAAAAUUUCACCUACAGGUACUGUACUUAUAACCCAAUGUGUAACUUGAGCUACUUCAGUAAAUGUCUGCAAGUUCCUGUAUUGUAUGGAGUAUUUUUGUUUUUGUUUUUUGUCAGCCAUUUUUCUUUUAUUCAUCUAUGAACUGCCGAUAUUAGAAAAUAAAUCUUGUACAAA